UCGCUUAUCGAGCCGCUCAUCCGGUCGAUGCAGAUAAUACAGAUCGGACAACGACGAGCAGGCUCUUUACGUUACUCUUAUCGUUUCUUAUUCAACUUGCCUCUCCGUCGUGUCCGAAUGGUUGGCGGCCGAUUACACAACUCGCCCUUAUCUCAAAUGUACCCCGUUGCGUAUGCGUUACAGAAAAUUUGGUGUAAGCGGGCACAGAAGUGAUCUCGGGGCGCUUUCGCCUGCCGGGGAGAAGUUACAUUUGCAAUCGCGUCGAACCGGACUCGCUCGUCGAGGGAUUUAACGUGUCUGUUUUGACCGGAGCACCGCUGGUACCAUGGCUCUCCCUUCGGUAAACACCGGCGACGGCACUUUGGAUGGCAAGAUCGUCGAGUGGCUGCAGUGGAACAAGGAUCCGAAGGCGGAGGACGAGAUACUUGAAUACUUGGACAAGGGACAGACGAAAGUGUUGUCCAAGCUGUUCCUCAAGAGACUUGAAUUCGGAACGGCGGGUCUUCGGGGUCGCAUGGGACCAGGUUACAGCCAGAUGAAUGAUCUAGUUAUCGUGCAGACUGGCCAAGGGUUAACGAGAUACCUGAUGGAUACGGCGUUCGAUGUUGCGCAGAAGGGUGUUGCGAUAGGAUACGACGGCCGUUACAAUAGCAAAAGGUUCGCCGAGUUGACUGCUGCAAUUUUCAUAGCCAAUGGCAUCAAGGUCUAUUUAUUCUCCAAAAUCUGCCCCACGCCGUUCAUACCCUACGCUAUCUUGAGGUACAAAUGCGCGGCCGGUAUCAUGGUGACCGCCUCUCACAAUCCCAAGGACGACAACGGGUACAAGGUCUACUGGGAGAACGGGGCGCAAAUCAUUCCGCCGCACGACAAGAAGAUCCAGAGCUACAUUCUUGACAGCCUCGAACCGCUCGAGUCCUCGUGGGACGUGAGCCACAUCUACGAAAGUUGCUGCUACGAUGAUCCAAGGGACGAUAUCAUGCGGCAUUACUACCGAGACUUGAAAAAUAACGUUCUGUAUCCCGAGGUCAAUAGGAAUACCACGUUGAAAUUCAUAUACACUGCCAUGCACGGUGUCGGGCAUGACUACAUGACUGCCGCGUUCGAGGCAGCGAAUUUUAAGCCGUUCAUAACGGUGGAGGAGCAAAAGUUGCCAGACCCGGAAUUUUCCACGGUGAAAUUCCCGAAUCCGGAGGAAGGGAAAAGCGCCCUGGAUCUCAGCAUAAAGCUGGCAAAUAAAAGCGACUCGUCCAUAAUACUCGCUAACGAUCCCGACGCCGACAGACUCGCGUGCGCAACGAAGACGGAGAGCGGAGAGUGGCAUGUUUUCUCCGGGAACGAACUCGGCGCGUUACUGGGCUGGUGGAUGACUCACACUUAUCAAGUAUCGCAUCCCGAUGUCGAUAUGCGAGAAACAUAUAUGCUAGCAUCUACCGUUUCCAGCAAAAUCCUAGCUUCAAUGGGCAGGAAAGAAGGUUUCAAUUUCGAGGAAACUUUAACGGGCUUCAAGUGGAUGGGCAACAAAGCUAUAGAGUUAAUGAAGGCCAACAAGGACGUCUUGUUCGCGUACGAGGAAGCUAUAGGUUUCAUGUGCGGCUCGAAGGUCCUGGACAAGGAUGGUAUUAGCGCGGGUGUUCGCGCGGCGGAGCUAGCAGCUUAUCUUGAAACGAUAGGAUUGACUUUAUCUGAUAAAUUGGAGGAGAUAUACGAAGAGUACGGCCACCAUGUCAGCGAUAAUUCCUAUUGGAUAUGUCACGACCCAGAUACCAUUAAAGCGAUAUUUGAACGACUGAGGAAUCACUCGGGUCAACCGGAUACAUACCCAAGCGGGAUUCUUAAAGGAAAAUAUAUAAUAACUGGCAUUCGAGACUUAACAACUGGAUACGACAAUACAAAACCUGAUAACAAAGCAGUUCUGCCGGUGUCGAAAUCCAGCCAAAUGAUCACCUUCACGUUCAAAAAUGGACUGGUUACCACUUUAAGAACUAGUGGCACAGAACCUAAAAUAAAAUACUACAAUGAAUUAUGCGGAUCUCCUGGAGAGGACUUGACCAAGUUGAAAAGCACCCUCAGCGAAAUGGUCUCGGCUAUUGUAGCAGAAUUCCUUCAACCAGAAGCUAAUGGACUUAUUGCUCGCGCAGAAUAAAUUAAUAAAUUAUGCUAAUUGUACUACGCGUGUACGCGCUGUUGCGUUGCGUUUAACUCAUUUGCAUCAUCAGUACAUUAUGUAGUUAAUUUUUUAAAAUACUUCGCUGUAAAAUGACGGCGAGUUCGCCCAGUUUAAAAAUUUAUUCGUGCGCGUUUAUAGUUAUCGUUGCAUUACUGAGUUUCUGUAUGCACGUGUAAUGCGUUUUAACCAUAUAAUGAAAGUGAGGUUUUUAUUGUGAGCCUACGAUAUAAUAGAAAAUGGCUGUGUACUUGUAUAUGUAUGUAUAUUACGUGCUGUUUUGUUCAUUGUUAAGAUUGUUGAGGGAAAGUUGAUUACACGCAUUUAUGUAAUUGCGAAGGCAUCUUUCGCAAUUAUGCGACCGCAUCUCAACGUUGAUUACGUGCAUUCACAUCUUUCCUGCCUACAAGUAAAACAUCGAAACAAUGUAAGAAACGCACACAUCCUACAAUUCCGUAACUUAGGGACUAAGAAUUAGUUAGGCCAAGAGGAUACGACGAACCUUUGCGAUAAUCGAAUGAAAUUGUUUUACUGAAUGUAAAAGGAUGCAUUUAUUUGGAAUUAUUACAAUUGGAAACUUAAAGCAGCUGGAAACAUUGAUCGGCAAUGAUGUAAAACGAUGAUGUGUUAUUCGCAAGAGUGUUGCGUGAAAUUAAAAAAUGAUUUGUGUUGCCAGUUACUCCUAUCAAUAUACAACGUGUAUACGAUUUGA